CUACCGUAUACGACGGCAGCUUCCCUCUCCGCACGGAGCUUCAAUAUGCACGCGUCCUGAAUUCAAUAGGCAGAAACUCAGUCCUUGAUCAUCUUGAAAGUCUUGACCGAUUCUUUUUUGUUUGCUCUCGACUGUCGCUGGUAGCAGGGCAGACCAACCGUCGUAAUGGCGGCGGCAGGUCCAUCGAUCGCUGAGGACCAAGGCAGGCUUCUCGAGGAAGCCUUGGGAGUGGUGCGCCAACAAUCCCAGCAGAUGCGUCGAUGUCUGGAGACGCCCGGGAAGCUCAUGGAUGCUCUUAAAUGCGGUUCUACAUUAGUAUCUGAACUGCGAACGCCUACCCUCGGACCGAAACAAUACUACGAGCUAUACAUGGCAGUCUUCGAUGCGCUCAGAUAUCUCUCCGAAUAUCUUCGCGACUCGCACCCCGUCAAUCACCUUGCCGACCUCUACGAACUCGUCCAAUAUGCAGGCAACAUAAUACCAAGAUUAUACCUAAUGAUAACCGUCGGGACGGUGUAUAUGGGUGUCGAGGAUGCGCCAGUCAAGGAGAUCAUGAAGGACAUGAUGGAAAUGAGCCGCGGUGUGCAACACCCUAUCCGUGGACUCUUCCUCCGGUACUAUCUGAUGGGACAAGCCCGAGAUCACCUGCCAACCGGCAAAGAGGAAGGACCUCAGGGCAACCUUCAAGACUCGAUCAACUUCAUUCUGACAAAUUUCGUGGAAAUGAACAAGUUAUGGGUCCGCUGGCAACACCAGGGCCAUUCCAGAGAGAGAGAACAGAGAACUCAAGAGCGGAGGGAAUUGGAGCUGUUGGUGGGAAGCAAUCUUGUCAGAUUGAGCCAAAUGGUGGACCUGGAGACCUACAAGUCUACAAUCAUCUCUCCUUUACUGGAACAGGUUGUGCAGUGUCGGGAUGUGCUUGCCCAAGAGUAUUUGCUUGAAGUCAUCACCAAAGUCUUCCCUGACGAAUUCCACCUUCAUACUCUCGAUCAAAUGCUUUCGGCCAUUGCGCGACUUAAUCCCCAUGUCGACAUGAAGAAGAUUGUUAUCGGCCUAAUGGAUCGGCUAUCAACCUAUGCCCAGAGAGAAUCUGAAGAAGCAUCUGCGGAGGAUAAACGACAAGCCGAGGAAGAAGCCGCGAUCCGGAUGUUGGAGAAGGUUGAUCUGAAUGAGGACUCCAAGCCAGCUCCUGCAGCCGACACGGAAACGCCCAAGACCAAUGGCACCGAAUCUAAGUCACCAACCGAAUCGCAACCAGCAGAGUCUGAACCUGCUACGCCUGCGACUCCGGUAACCAAUGGUGACAAGGCGACUGCUGGUCUUGGGGAGGUCAAAUUGUUCGAGAUUUUCUACGAACAAGUGGUAAGUCUCGUCAAGACACGAGGCCUGCCAAUUCAGGAUACGAUGGCUUUGUUGACGUCCCUUGCCAAUCUUGCCCUCAACAUCUAUCCAGAUCGACUGGAAUAUGUCGAUCAGAUUCUGGCAUACGCCAGGGAGAAGACGGCCGAGUAUGUAGACUCUGCUGAUCUUCACUCCGCUGCCACACAAGCAAACAUGCUCAAUCUCCUCCUCUCGCCGAUACGGACAUAUUUCUCCCUUUUCACCGCUUUGGCUUUACCCAACUAUCUUCCCCUGUACCAAUCACAGACUUAUGCCACACGCCGUGCCGUGGCUGGUGAGGUCGCCAAAAAUAUAUUGCGGAACAGAGUGAAAAUUACCACGACCCAACAUCUCGAAGGGGUCAUGUCUCUAUUGAAAGUGAUCAUCAAGGAAGGGAUCCAGCAGCCAGGGGGCUACCCUGGUCUGAACAGACAAAGGGGUGGCGAGUCUGAUGAGACUGUGGAAGAGCAAGGAUGGCUUGCAAGGAUGGUCCAUUUCAUCGAAGGCGCUGAUAACGACACCCAAUUGAAGCUUUUACAGCAAACGAGAAAGGCUUACGAGGCAGGGAACGAGCGGAUAAAAUACACGAUCCCAGCAAUUAUUACUGCUUCGAUGAAGCUCGCACGAAAAUUCAAAUCACGCGAGCAUUUCGACGACAACUGGCAAACUCAAUCAUCCGCCCUGUAUCGCUUUAUGCAUCAGACUCUGUCGCAGCUCUACACGCGCGUCAAUCCAGGCGCGGCGGAAUUAUGUCUCCGUCUUUUCGUCGCGUGUGGUCAAAUUGCCGACCAAUGUGGCUUCGAGGAGUUCGCGUACGAAUUUUUUGCCCAAGCGUUUACUGUCUAUGAAGACAGUAUCAGCGACUCGAGGGCGCAAUUCCAGGCUGUCUGUAUCAUUGCUGGGGCAUUACAGAUAUCCAGAGGGUUUGGAAAGGAGAAUUAUGACACGCUGAUUACGAAAGCUGCCUUGCAUGGCAGCAAGUUGUUGAAGAAACCGGAUCAAUGUCGUGCCGUGUAUCUGGCGAGUCACCUCUGGUGGUGCGUGGAAAUUCCUGGCAAGGAAGAGGACCCCAAAAAUCUCUACCGAGAUGGUAAGCGCGUGUUAGAGUGCUUACAGAGAGCACUACGUGUGGCCGACGCUUGCAUGGACACUGCAGUGUCUGUGGAGCUUUUUGUUGAGAUCUUGAACAGAUAUGUCUACUACUUUGAUCAACAAAACGAAACAGUGACCACCAAAUACCUGAAUGGGUUGAUUGAGCUUAUUCACUCCAACUUAUCAACAACCAAUGCGGAGGGCAAUGCCCAGGCCUUGGAGAAUCCUAAACGCCAUUUUUACAGAACUUUGGAUUACAUCAAGACGAGAGACUAUGAGGGAGUCGUAACUGAAGCGAGACAGUAAACUGGAAAGAAAGUCUGGCUGUUGGCUUGGUGCUCCGCAGAUGCUUCGCUGAAAGGCCCUCAUCGUCAUUCUGUACAGUGACCUGUUAACCUCCUUGUGUUAGGAGUCUUUGGCGGCUCUUCUGCAGACUGAGGGACUAUCAUAUGCGCGGAGACAUUGAGCGAUUGUUUUUGGGCCAAAACCCGGGAUUCCGAUGGGCCCUUCCUAUACUAGCCCAUGCCAAUACAGACCAUUUCAACUGACCGGGACUCUUGGGCCUGCCAAUGCUGUGACUGUUCUGUUCUUGUCCUUUGGUCUUUGUGGAUUUCCAGAAUUUUGUGUAAUGGACGGCAGGGCUUGGGGCGACAGCCUUGUCAAGAAUUAAGGCUAGUGGUGCUCGACAAGGCUGAGCGCCGCUGGCAGCAAGAUCUCGGCUGUCAGAGACUACUUGUGCUCCCUGCAACAGCGUGGACGAUCAUUUCAAGAAGCCCAACGGUCUUCGCUCUUCCUCCUAAGACUCAGUGGCUUCAGUCCGCACGCUUUGAAAUGUCCCUAGGAUUUUGGAUUUCGAUCGCCACUGAUUCUUCCAAGGAUCCACCAAAGAUCAACUUCGGGAAGUCAUUAUGUCACCACUAUUAUACCUUGCCUGAACGACCGUCCGUGAGGAGGUCCCUGGUCUUCCGGUUCAGGUGGGCUGUGACCUGUCCAUUUUGAAUCUACCUUGAGAAUCGUUUGAUCUA